AUUUACUUGUUGUGGGGUUAAGCCCCCGUGUUACCUCUUGUAACCUACCUUGGGGUUCUGACGUUGGCUAGUCCAACAUCACCACUCCUAUCUCAUAUUUAACCCCAUAAUGUUUAAUAUCUGAAUCCUUUUCGAGUCCGGUGGAUGUUGUGGGUAGUUUAUGGACAAGAUACAGGAUAUGAAACUCUGCUUUGUCCACAAGUGAAGUAAAAAACACAGUUUGUUCCUCAAAUAAUUUCUUCAUCAACAUCUUUCUUAGGGAACGCCUCUUAUAAGAAAAUCUGUGCUGUGAUCUGCGAGACUUAACAGCAAGUCAUAUAUCUAUAUCGUGAGCGAGGUAAGAAUAAUGUAAUGUUUAUUACAACAAAAAUAUCAAAUUCUGUAAUAUGUAGAGAAUUCCUUAUGGAAUUAUAUUUUGUUAUGAACAUUCUAAUAUCAUAUACAUAGACACUACUAUUAAUCUUGUUAGAAACGUAGAUUUCCAGAAUAAUAUAACGGGUCAUAUAUGAAUACAAUGGGAGCUAGAUAUAAAGGGAUUACAUGCUAAUAAUAUAGGGGGUUUACGUGGUGAGAACAAGCUUUCAGAAUAAUCGGGGUGUGCAUGGAAUGAUAUAGGUACGCCCCCUAUAAGAAUAAUACAGGGGUGUACAUGAGGAAUCAAAUAUUCAUGUAAGUUCAUAUAUUCACCUAGGAUUCCUUAUAAAAAUAUUGAGGGUAUAUAUGAAAGGGCUGUCCAUAAAUACAAUGGUGGGUGUACAUAUAGGAAGGGAUCCUAAAGGAAUAUUAUAGGGGGUGUAUGUAGUGGGAUCCUAUAUAAGUAUUAUAGGGGGUGUAAAUAUAUGGAGGGGUCCUAUAUGUGUAUAUUAGGCGGUGUACAUGGAAGAAUCCUGUAGGACCAAUAUAGGGGGUGUACAUAUAAGGAGGGAUCGUAUAGAAGUUCUAUAGGGGGUGUACAUAUAUGGAGGAAUCGUAUAGAAGUUAUAUAGGGGUGUAUAUAGAGGGAUCCUAAAUAAGUAUAUUAGGCGGUGUAUAUGGAAGAAUCCUGUAGGACCAAUAUAGGGGGUGUACAUAUAUGGAGGGAUCGUAUAGAAGUUAUAUAGGGGGUGUACAUAUAUGGAGGGAUCGUAUAGACGUUAUAUAGGGGUGUAUAUAGAGGGAUCCUAUAUGAGUAUAUUAGGCGGUGUAUAUGGAACAAUCCUGUAGGACCAAUAUAGGGGGUGUACAUAUAUGGAGGAAUCGUAUAGAAGUUAUAUAGGGGGUGUACAUAUAUGGAGGAAUCGUAUAGAAGUUAUAUAGGGGGUGUACAUAUAUGGAGGAAUUGUAUAGAAGUUAUAUAGGGGGUGUACAUAUAUGGAGGAAUCGUAUAGAAGUUAUAUAGGGGGUGUACAUAUAUGGAGGAAUCGUAUAGAAGUUAUAUAGGGGGUGUACAUAUAUGGAGGAAUCAUAUAGAAGUUAUAUAGGGGUGUAUAUAGAGGGAUCCUAAAUAAGUAUAUUAGGCGGUGUAUAUGGAAGGAUCCUGUAGGACCAAUAUAGGGGGUGUACAUAUAUGGAGGAAUCGUAUAGAAGUUACAUAGGGGGUGUACAUAUAUGGAGGGAUCGUAUAGAAGUUAUAUAAGGGUGUAUAUAGAGGGAUCCUAUAUAAGUAUAUUAGGCGGUGUAUAUGGAAGGAUCCUGUAAGACCAAUAUAGGGGGUGUAGGGAUUGUACAAUUCGUUGACAAACACAGACAAUGUAUUAGCCCUAAUGAAAUUUAAAUUAACCUGAAAGAGGCAAUUGCCAAUAAUCCCCCUGUUUCUAUGUAGACAAAGCUAUUAUUCUAAUUGUAAUGUUGUAUUUCAGGACAGGAGAUCGGGGCUGAAGAAAGAUGUUGCUGAGUUUGGGGUUCAUCUGUCUGACUUUCGUGAGCUUGGUGAGAAGCGAACCAUGUGUUUCCUCCUCCCAAGGUCUACCAGGAAUCCCCGGGACCCCAGGGAGAGAUGGAAGGGAUGGUCAUAAGGGAACAAAAGGAGAACCAGGUAACUAUAUAUUAUAUCAGCCUGCACGGGACAAUAUGCUUUGAAUAUUCUUAAAUCACAAAUCUGAUUGUAGUGCAAGAUUUUAGUCUUUAAGGUAACUUGUGUUUUAUGUUACAGUUCUAACACUAUGUGUAGAGCUUAGUUUACAUUGUGAUUCUACUCCCAUGUACUAUUCUAGUCCUGUGUUCUGGUUCUAGUUCUGUGUUCUGAUUCUAGUCCUGUGUUCUGGUUUUAUCUGCGUUCUGAUUCUAGUGCUGUGUUCUGAUUCGAGUUCUGUGUUCUGAUUCUAGUCCUGUGUUCUGAUUCUAGUUCUGAUUCUAGUCCUGUGUUCUGAUUCUAGUCCUCUGAUUCGAGUUCUGUGUUCUGAUUCUAGUCCUGUGUUCUGAUUCUAGUUCUGUGUUCUGAUUCUAGUUCUCUGUUCUGACUCUAGUCCUGUGUUCUGAUUCUAGUCCUGUGUUCUGAUUCUAGUUCUGUGUUCUGAUUCUAGUCCUGUGUUCUGAUUCGAGUUCUGUGUUCUGAUUCUAGUCCUGUGUUCUGAUUCUAGUUCUGUGUUCUGAUUCUAGUUCUCUGUUCUGACUCUAGUCCUGUGUUCUGAUUCUAGUCCUGUGUUCUGAUUCUAGUUCUGUGUUCUGAUUCUAGUCCUGUGUUCUGAUUCGAGUUCUGUGUUCUGAUUCUAGUCCUGUGUUCUGAUUCUAGUUCUGUGUUCUGAUUCUAGUUCUCUGUUCUGAUUCUUGUCCUGUGUUCUGAUUCUAGUCCUGUGUUCUGAUUCUAGUUCUGUGUUCUGAUUCUAGUCCUGUGUUCUGAUUCUAGUUCUGUGUUCUGAUUCUAGUUCUGUGUUCUGGUUCUAGUCCUGUGUUCUGAUUCUAGUUCUGUGUUCUGAUUUGAGUUCUGUGUUCUGAUUCGAGUUCUGUGUUCUGAUUCUAGUGCUGUGUUCUGAUUCGAGUUCUGUGUUCUGAUUCGAGUUCUGUGUUCUGAUUCUAGUCCUGUGUUCUGAUUAAAGUCCUGUGUUCUGAUUCGAGUUCUGUGUUCUGAUUUUAGUUCUGUGCUCUGAUUCUAGUUCUGUGUUCUGAUUCCAGUCCUGUGUUCUGAUUCUAGUUCUGUGCUCUGGUUCUAGUCCUGUGUUCUGAUUCGAGUUCUGUGUUCUGAUUCUAGUUCUGUAUUCUCAUUCUAGUCCUGUGUUCUGAUUCUAGUUCUGUAUUCUGAUUCUAGUCCUGUGUUCUGAUUCUAGUUCUGUGUUCUGAUUCUAGUCCUGUGUUCUGAUUCUAGUUCUGUGCUCUGGUUCUAGUCCUGUGUUCUGAUUCUAGUCCUGUGUUCUGAUUCUAGUUCUGUGUUCUGAUUCUAGUCCUGUGUUCUGAUUUGAGUUCUGUGUUCUGUUUUUUUUGUUGUUGUCAAUCUUUGUUUUAUGGAAGCAAUGUGAGUUCGUUACAGAAGGGAAGAAAAGGACGAAUAACAUAUCAGCGAGUAUUCAUAGAUAUCAAUAACCAUUAACACUGAUAAAUAUGCUCAUGAAUGUCUGCUUCAUUUUAUGUGUUAAAGGAUGUCGCUAUGUCUGGUUAGUUGGGCAUGGAUGAUUGUGGUAAUGCAGUAGUAGGGUAGAUUAAAUCAGAUGCAAUGCCUGUCUAGGUAGGUUAAUGAAAGAGUGUAGGGUCUUAGACACACAUUAGGCAAGUUGUUUGUGGGUCAGGCUGAAGUCGUCGCAUUGGUAAUUACAUUUGGUUUUGGUAAUAAACAGGCUAAUCGUGUUGUCUCGUUUAAUGUCGCAGCAGUAUGUUGGUUGUUGCCACAGGCUAGUUUUGGCUGAUUUCUUAAUUGCUGAGUGCACACGUGUUAGAUGAGGGAAGCAGAUUAGUACGAACAGCUGGGCUUACCCGUGUGAGCUGAGUAGGUGUGUUAUGCCGUGUUAUGUGUAAAAUAGAUUCAGUAGCUGGUAUGCUAGGCACAUGUAUGAUCCGACCCCCCUUGCUAGGUAUUUCACGUUACUAUAUACAUCCUGUAGGCUAGCACUGUCAAUGCCUGCUUAACGGUUAAAUUAUGUAGCUAGCGUUCAGGCUAUAAAGGAUAAAGUAAAACGAAAUACGCUGAGUUAACAAGGGUGACCAGCAGGUAAAAAUAUGGAGGCAAGAUUACACGUCAGGCCUGGUAUGCAUGGUAGUAAAAGUAGCAUGGAAUCAGGCCACAGCAGUCCAUCACACAAGCUGUGGAAGUCACCAGUCUGUCAUAUUGUGGCAGGGUAGAAGCAGAGGUCGUUUGGCCAUACGGUCUAACUCGUGGAUGUACAGUACCAGUCCGCUUUUGUGGGUUAGUCCAUACGCUUUCCCUCCUGAUUCCUCUACUGGGCAUGGUUGGCGCAGGCUUCUGUGAUGUUUCUGCUGUCAUGGUGUCACUGCGUCCAAGGACCGCUUGUCUUUGGCCCGAGGCCUUAAUAGGCGCUCGCGUCUGUUCUGAUUCUAGUCCUAUGUUUUGGUUCUAGUCUCAUGUUCUGGUUCUAGUAUUCUGUUUCUAGUCCUGUGUGCUAGUUCCAGUCCUGUAUUCCGUUUCUAGUCCUGUGAGCUAGUUCCAGUCCUGUAUUCCGUUUCUAGUCCUGUGAGCUAGUUCCAGUCCUGUAUUCUCUAAGCUACAAAACAAACACUACCCGAACAACUAUUUCUCUAAUCACUCGACGUCACAUAAAGCGGGCACAGCCAUACUCUUAGCAGCCGAGCUUGAAUUCAAAGAAUUAGAGAGAACACAAGAUUCACACGGACGGUAUCUCUUCUUGAAAGGAAUCAUAGCCGACAAGAUAUACACCCUGGCAAACAUCUACGUCCCCAACCGAAGACAGGCUUCCUUCCUCCGAAACACGCUGCACAUAUUAGAAGAAUUCACUGACGGCAUACUAAUCGUCGGAGGGGAUUUUAACGUACCUCUGGACCCAAUAUUGGACUCCUCAUCGGGACAUAGUAGUAUUUCACAAAACAACAUCCGAUCGAUCCGAAAAUCGCUGGAAGAAUUGAGGCUGGUGGACGGCUGGAGAAUACUCAACCCAACGGUAAAAGAUUAUACUUACUACUCCGCUCUUCACAACCGAUACUCUCGCAUAGACUACCUCUUCAUAACACAGGAAGGACUCGCUCGCUUACUCAAAGCGGAUAUCGACCCGUCUACAUGGUCGGACCAUGGCUCGGUCAGGCUAGAGAUGGAAUCCCCCAUGUUUCGCCCAACUACGUGGACGUGGAGACUUAAUGAAGCUCUCCUACUCGAUCCAGCCACCAAAGAACAAAUAACCAAAGAGCUAGAACAAUACUUCAGAGACAACGACACACCAGAGGUCUUCCCGAUAACCAUAUGGGAAGCGCAUAAGAGCGUCGUUCGCGGAACACUCAUCCGCAUUGCCUCGCAAAAACGGAAAGCGAAUAUGAUCGAGAUGACUAACCUAUAUCAAAAGAUAUCAAAGCUGGAAAGUCAACACAAAAGAUCCCAACUACAUGAAACAUACGGGGAACUGAUGGAACAUAGAAGGGCACUUAAGAGACUCAUCACAAAAAAACAUCUCCGAAAUCUCCAACGCACGAAGGGUUUCUACUAUGCGCACGCCAAUAAAGGGGGGAAAUACCUGGCUAGAUUAUUAAAAGGCCCAACGCCUCGUAGACAAAUACGCAAACUUCGCCUCUCCUCAGGAGAAAUGACCCCCUAUCCACAAAAAAUCGCCGAUGAGUUUAGGACCUACUAUGAAACUCUUUACAACCUGAGCCCACCCAUGGGGACGACGAGCGACGAAAGAAGAGCUACUCAGAUACGAGAUUACCUUUCUGACACGAUCGUCAAAACGAUUAACCAGGAAUCAGCUUCAGCACUCGACAUGCCAAUCAGCACGGAAGAGCUUGCGGCUGCACUGAAAACGUCCAAAUCAGGCAGGGCACCUGGACCAGAUGGUUUUUCAACUGGAUACUAUAAGACCUUCCAGGAUCUCCUGAUACCGUGGCUAACUAAAGCGAUCAAUGCGGUGGGUGACGGAGGGCACCUGGGCGCGGAAUCCUUAGCCGCGACCAUCACGGUCUUGCUCAAGCCAGGAAAGGACCCAUUGCUUUGCGGCAGCUACCGUCCCAUUUCGCUGCUCAAUGUAGACGCCAAACUAACCACAAAAGUCAUAGCUAGCAGGCUCAACAACUUUCUUCCAGAAUUGAUACACGCAGACCAGAUAGGCUUCAUCCCGGGCAGAGAGGCCAGAGAUAGCACCUUGCGACUGUUCUCAAUCCAACAACACGCAAGAAAGACAAAAACUAAAAUGCUAUUACUAUCCACGGACGCGGAGAAAGCGUUUGACAGAGUCGACUGGUCGUACAUGAUGGCCACCUUACAACAUAUGGGAUGCGGACAGAGACUACUCGCAUGGAUAUCAGCCUUCUAUAGCAAACCGCACGCAAAUGUGAGAGUAAACGGAGCCACGACAGCGGACUUUACAAUUAACAAUGGUACCCGUCAAGGUUGCCCACUGUCUCCACUUUUGUUCGCUAUGACCCUAGAACCACUGCUCCAGAAGAUACGACUAAACCCAAACAUUCAAGGAUACGACUGGCGUGGAACACACCAUAAAGUGGCUGCGUACGCGGAUGACCUCCUAUUCUUUAUACAGCACCCUAGGACAACUCUACCAUGCCUCCUUUCCGAAUUCGACAAUUUCGGGAAAAUCUCGGGCUUCAAACUCAAUCUCUCAAAGUGCGAGGUCCUGAACAUUACGAUCCCCACGGAAGAAUACAUAUCCCUGGACUCGCUAUUCGCUUUUCACUGGUGUUACGGCCGGAUGAAGUAUCUGGGCAUCUGGGUGACCACAGACCCAGAAGACAUAUACCGUCUCAAUUUUGUCCCCCUUCUGAAAACAAUUCUAGCGGACUUAGCUAGAUGGUCGUACCCACAUGUAACCUGGCAUGGACGAGUCGCGAUCCUCAAGAUGAACAUAUUGCCGAGAAUUCUAUACCUUAUGCAAACGAUUCCACUAACCAUCCCAGGGACCUUCUUCUCCACCCAGUCCUGUAUUCUGUUUCUAGUCCUGUGUGCUAGUUCCAGUCCUGUAUUCCGUUUCUAGUCCUGUGUGCUAGUUCCACUCCUGUAUUCUGUUUCUAGUCCUGUGAGCUAGUUCCAGUCCUGUAUUCCGUUUCUAGUCCUGUGUGCUAGUUCCAGUCCUGUAUUCUGUUUCUAGUCCUGUGUGCUAGUUCCAGUCCUGUAUUCCGUUUCUAGUCCUGUGUGCUAGUUCCACUCCUGUAUUCUGUUUCUAGUCCUGUGAGCUAGUUCCAGUCCUGUAUUCCGUUUCUAGUCCUGUGUGCUAGUUCCACUCCUGUAUUCUGUUUUUAGUCCUGGAUGCUAGUUCCAGUUCUGUACUUUGUUUCUAGUCCUCUGUGCUAGUUCCAGUCCUGUAUUCUAUUUCUUGUCCUGUGUGCUAGUUUCAGCCCUGUAUUCUGUUUCUAGUCAUGUGUGCUAGUUCCAGUCCUGUAUUCUAUUUCUAGUCCUGUGAGCUAGUUCCAGUCCUGUAUUCUGUUUCUAGUCCUGUAUUCUGUUUCUAGUCCUGUGUGCUAAUUCCAGUUCUGUAUUCUGUUUCUAGUCCUGUGUGCUAAUUCCAGUUCUGUAUUCUGUUUCUAGUCCUGUGUGCUAGUUCCAGUCCUGUAUUCCGUUUCUAGUCCUGUGUGCUAGUUCCACUCCUGUAUUCUGUUUCUAGUCCUGUGAGCUAGUUCCAGUCCUGUAUUCCGUUUCUAGUCCUGUGUGCUAGUUCCAGUCCUGUAUUCUGUUUCUAGUCCUGUGUGCUAGUUCCAGUCCUGUAUUCCGUUUCUAGUCCUGUGUGCUAGUUCCACUCCUGUAUUCUGUUUCUAGUCCUGUGAGCUAGUUCCAGUCCUGUAUUCCGUUUCUAGUCCUGUGUGCUAGUUCCACUCCUGUAUUCUGUUUUUAGUCCUGGAUGCUAGUUCCAGUUCUGUACUUUGUUUCUAGUCCUCUGUGCUAGUUCCAGUCCUGUAUUCUAUUUCUUGUCCUGUGUGCUAGUUUCAGCCCUGUAUUCUGUUUCUAGUCAUGUGUGCUAGUUCCAGUCCUGUAUUCUAUUUCUAGUCCUGUGAGCUAGUUCCAGUCCUGUAUUCUGUUUCUAGUCCUGUAUUCUGUUUCUAGUCCUGUGUGCUAAUUCCAGUUCUGUAUUCUGUUUCUAGUCCUGUGUGCUAAUUCCAGUUCUGUAUUCUGUUUCUAGUCCUGCGUGCUCAUUCCAGUCCUGUAUUCUGUUUCUAGUCCUGUGUGCUAAUUCCAGUCCUGUAUUCUGUUUCUAGUCCUUUGUGCUAGUUCCAGUCCUGUAUUCUGUUUCUAGUCCUUUGUGCUAGUUCCAGUUCUGUAUUCUGUUUCUAGUCCUUUGUGCUAGUUCCAGUCCUGUAUUCUGUUUCUAGUCCUGUGUGCUAGUUCCAGUCCUGUAUUCUGUUUCUAGUCCUUUGUGCUAGUUCCAGUCCUGUAUUCCGUUUCUAGUCCUGUGUGCUAAUUCCCGUUUCUAGUCCUUUGUGCUAGUUCCAGUCCUGUAUUCUGUUUCUAGUCCUUUGUGCUAGUUCUAGUACUGUAUUCCAUUUCUAGUCCUGUGUGCUAGUUCCAGUCCUGUAUUCUGUUUCUAGUCCUGUGUGCUAGUUCCAGUCCUGUAUUCCGUUUCUAGUCCUGUGUGCUAGUUCCAUUCCAUUAUUCUGUUUCUAGUCCUUAGUGCUAGUUCCAGUCCUGUAUUCCAUUUCUAGUCCUGUGUUCUAGUUCUAGUCCUGUAUUCCAUUUCUAGUCAUGUGUGCUAGUUCCAGUCCUAUAUUCUGUUUCUAGUCCUUUGUGCUAGUUCCAGUCCUGUAUUCCGUUUCUAGUCCUGUGUGCUAGUUCCAGUCCUGUAUUCUGUUUCUAGUCCUGUGUGCUAGUUCCAGUCCAUUAUUCUGUUUCUAGUCCUUUGUGCUAGUUCCAGUCCUGUAUUCCGUUUCUAGUCCUGUGUGCUAGUUCCAGUCCUGUAUUCUGUUUCUAGUCCUUUGUGCUAGUUCCAGUCCUGUAUUCCGUUUCUAGUCCUUUGUGCUAGUUCCAGUCCUGUAUUCCAUUUCUAGUCCUGUGUUCUAGUUCCAGUCCUGUAUUCCGUUUCUAGUCCUGUGUGCUAGUUCCAGUCCUGUAUUCAUUUUCUAGUCCUUUGUGCUAGUUCCAGUCCUGUAUUCCAUUUCUAGUCCUGUGUGCUAGUUCCAGUCCUGUAUUCUGUUUCUAGUCCUGGAUGCUAGUUUCAGUCCAUUAUUCUGUUUCUAGUCCUUUGUGCUAGUUCCAGUCCUGUAUUCUGUUUCUGGUCCUGUGUGCUAGUUCCAGUCCUAUAUUCUGUUUCUAGUCCUUUGUGCUAGUUCCAGUCCUGUAUUCCGUUUCUAGUCCUUUGUGCUAGUUCCAGUCCUGUAUUCCAUUUCUAGUCCUGUGUGCUAGUUCCAGUCCUGUAUUCAUUUUCUAGUCCUUUGUGCUAGUUCCAGUCCUGUAUUCUUUUUCUAGUCCUGUGUGCUAGUUCCAGUCCUUGACAUGCGCAUAGUUGUCUAUUUGGCAUAUGUCAAUUUACCAUACAUCCCUCCCCAAAAAAGUGACACCGACACCAAAGUUAAAGUGAAAUUAAAUAUCACAGUUUUAAUAAUAUAUAUAUAUAAGCAAAGCAAUACAAAACGCCGUAACAAACGAAUAAUUGGCACAGAAGAGGAAGAUAACAGAUUAACAGCAGAUACCACGGACAUGUUGUCCGUAAAGAAAAUCACUCUUCUAUCCUUCAACAUGGGUCCCCAGAGAGCUAAUGCCACCAGCAAGUGAAAUAGUUCCAAGAAGGCCAAGUUGCGAAUCAUGGGAUUCACCUUACAACCCUCGGGCCAAGGUUCUGCGCAUUAGCAGGUAAUGAAAUAUGCUCCAAAACCCACACUCCCAGAAGCAUCCGUAAAAAGUUCCAAAUCCGGAAAAAGGAUAGCCUUGUAACUGACACCUCCCGUCAUUUUUGCAAGGAACCAACUAAAGACCCUCCCCACCGGCACAAUCUGACAUGCAAAGUUAAACCGACCAACCAAUGAUUGAAAUGUUCUCAGAGUCACCUUGCGCGCCUUCUGUAUUUAUUGAACGACCUGUCAUAGCGCCUGCAGCUUAUCAUAUGGUAGCCAACAUUUCCCUGCUAACUAGUCAAUUUCAAGACCCAAUAAACUAAGACAGUGGUCAGUCCCACCAUGUUUUCACCCGCCAAAGGCAACCCAAAAACACGAGUGACCCAUUUCAGCAUCCUCAACCCAACUCGGUAGGCAUCCGAACCGGCAGGACCGACACAAAAAAAUCUUCCAGAUAGUGAACCUUGAACUUGCCCCCUGACUCCAACAUGACCACCCAUUCAAGGAAAGCACUAAACUUUUCAAAGAGAGCACAGGAGAUGGAGUAUCUCAUGGGCAGACAAAGAUCAACAAAGUAGUUUCCCUCGAAAUGACAGACCCCGGAAGAUGGUGGCAAGCCAGAUGAAUUGGUAACAGACGAAACGACAAUUAAACAUCCACUUUUGUAAGCAGUGCCCCUCGCCCCGCGGUCCUAACCAACUUGUCCGCCUGGUCAAAUGACGCAUAGGACACUGAGCACAAAGCCGCAUCAAUGUCAUCAUUAACUGAUGACCCUUUCGGGUAAGAAAGGUGAUGAAUGAGACGAUAUUUCCCAGGUUCUUUCUUCAGUACCACCCUCAACGGAGAAAUACGAAGGUUGGGCAGCGGAAGAUCUUCAAACGUUUCAGACAAUCUUUCCAACUGGACCUCCUUACCCAGUUUUUCCCUGACCACAUCAGGAAACUCUGCAACUGAUUUUAAAUUAUAGAAACGCCGAUCAAAAACUUUUUCCCAAAACCGAAUCACGAAGUCGUAUGUAAAACCCUCCCUCAGUAGUACUGCAUCCACCUGGUUGCCAUAGUGGUUUAGCCACGGCAGCAUUGCGCAGACCCUCAACGGCGUUGACCCCAGUGGAAGUAGAUGGGGCUCCGGGACCAGACCACCCUCCCGUGACCAACUGUCUACGCUUGAAACAGCGGUUCAGACUAUGCGUCCCACCACAACCGGAACACUCGUGCUUAAAUCUACACAUUGUGCCUCACUUACACUGCCCUUCGUUGAAGCACCAGCAGAAAUUUUUCUUGUGCGAGGCCGAUGAGGCGGAGGCAGAGACAGCGCUGGCCCCAGACUGAAAGAGUGUCGCCGUCUUUUGCACCAUCAUAUGUUUGAUCCACAAUGGCAGGUCUAUUUGAUCCCACCGCAUGCCAGGGUUAGCCAAGAGAUGCUGCCUAAAUUGCUCUUCGUAUAGCCAUCCAGCUAUACCCCCAGACGUCCAGAACACCUCCCAUAUACCAUCCUGGUAACUAAAACGUUGAGAACACCGCUCCUGAGAUUUUUUGCCUAAAAUGCUUGACAAAAUGCUAAACACUCGCAAUCAGUUGCCAAACGACUUCGGUACCUUACGAUACCUCUGCCGUUUUUCUUCCUCCUUUAGAGCAAUAUAAUCCUCUAAAGUAAGAAGCGAGAAACUCACCUUUCCAAAUCUUAUCCUUCAGUUUCUGCUUCAGGUGACAACCAAACUAACCCGAGAACGAGAUAUGCACAUUCUGAUGCACAGCAUCCAGAAAGCCUCCCACCAACUCCACCCGUUUGGACCCUAACUCAGGCCCCGUGAAUGUUGAUGCCAUCGCCGUUACGCUCAUUCCCCCACUUACCAACGGAGAUAACCCCGUCACCCCGGCCCUAGAUGCCCCUGCACUCAGCUGCCACACUUGCCCAAAACUCCCCAGCUGACCCUACCCUGUACCCCAAUUGUCAAGAAAUACCCUGCAAAAGAUCCCCAGAACUUAAACCCUGCAAAAGAUCCCCAGAACUGUGAACAGAGGAUUACUCACCAGCCGAACCCUCCAUGUUGCCAGGAAUACAGCUCAGUAUUCCUUGAAUUUGUUUCCCCGAGAACUUAACACUCACUCUUGCUAAAAGAUAGAGAUGAUGUCUGCCCUGAGCUGAUGCCUUUUUCUCAUAUCAGAUAGAGUUCUCUACACCAGAUAUAUACACUCAUCGACCACGGAGUAUCAGAAAAGCUCAUUUGAGCCGUACAAUCCAUAAAAACAGCUGAGGUGCAAUCGUACGCAAAUCGCCAAAGAGUAUUUAUUUGCCCACAAGGUCACAAGAUGACUUUCUAAGUGAGUGGAGAUUGAGAAAACAUGAUUUCUUCCUAUGCAGAAAACACAGAGAAAUUUGAUUAGCCGAGUCCUGUUCAGAUUAUUUAAAAAGGCGAACACUGUAUCAUGUUGCAUUGGCAGUAAACGUACGAUUGUACAGCGUACGAUUGUACAUUGUACAGCGCUGCAGAAUUUGUUGCUGCUAUAUAAAUAAUAAUAAUAAUGAUAAACUAAUUAAAUAUGUUUUCUUUCUGAAUCCUGGGUCUUGUGUUAUAUGUAACUGGGUAGGGGGCUUGAUCCAUAAGCGAAACUAAAACAUCAACACUGUGGGGCCUUAAUCACAAAAAGGGGGAUUGUGGAGAAUUAACAAGGAAAUUUUAGGCUAAAAUAGGUGACUUUGAAAAUUUGCCAGGAAUACACAAGAUGACCUAACCCCCUCGUUUCUGGAGAAUCUGUAGUGUAAGGAAUACAAAGUUAUUUUCCUGACACUAUAGUGGCCCCUGGCCCCCCCCCCUCCUUGUGCUCCCCAACCGACAGGAGUACCUAAUGCGCAUGCGCAGCUAACGACAUGAGUAUAUAAUGUCCAGCCCAUAGGAAUUUCGUAUGGGAAUUUCUCUGAUGCUAGAUGUCCUCAUGCAGUGAGUUACAUUGCAGGACUAUGUGUGUCAGUGACACUGCACCCUGACUGUUUCAAUGAGCUAAAGUGGUCUGGGUGCCUCUACUGUCCCUUUAAGGGUAUUUAUUUUAUUGCCAUCAGAAAGAUGAAAGCCUGACUUGACAGCGGUGUUAUUAUACCUUGAAAUUAACAGAAUACAAUGCUAAACUACUAUUUACAGUUUGCAGUCAAUAAUUCUUAAUAAUAAUCUAUCAUUAGACAGAAAAGGCUAAGAAUUACACUGAAAAAUAAUGAAAAGGCGUCCAUAUUAUUAUUAUAUAGUAUAAUAUUAUUCAAAUAUUUUCUGAAAGGUAAAAAGAAAAUAAACUAGGAGUACAAAUUCUCCCUGGGCUAAGGGUACCAUGAGUCAAAAGGAGCUGAGCUACAUGGAACACUGCAAUUGAUACAGAUUUAUUGGUUUAAACAUGUCCGGCAAUAAAUGUGGUUAGUAAUAAGGAUGUUAUUGUCAUUUUCUAUCCGUACAGGCCCGCCAGCAUCGUCACUCAAAAUGACAGAAUUUAAAGGAAAAAAAGGUGUAAUGGGAUCCCCAGGUCCCAAAGGAAAAGCAGGUCCCAUGGGUGCACCUGGUCCCAGUGGAGAUAAGGGCGUGAUGGGCGUUCGUGGGGACAGUGGAAUGCCUGGGAAUCCCAAACGUGAUCACCAAUCUGCGUUCACUGUGGCACGGACAACGAUACAGUUCCCGCAGAAAAAUGAACCCAUCAUCUUCAAUAAAGAGAUCAGCAACGACCACAAAGAUUACAAUGUAGCAACUGGAAAGUUCACCUGCCAAAUCCCAGGACUGUAUUAUUUUGUUUACCAUGCCUCUCUGUCCUCCAACCUGUGCGUCUCUCUGUACGUUGGGGAGGAACGAAAAGUCAGCUUUUGUGACCAUAAGACCAAUGAGCACCAGGUCUCCUCUGGAGGAAGCCUUGUCCAGCUCACUAAGGACCAAGAGGUUUGGCUGGCGGCCAAUGAUUACAAUGGGAUGAUCGGAGUUAGCGAUCACAAUAGUGUAUUCUCAGGAUUCCUUGUUUUCCCAGAGUAAACGCUUAGCACUCGCUAUUAUCACAUGGGGUUAUGGUGGAGGAAGUGCAUGUAUUUUAUAGCCAGAUGUGACUAGUAUCAGAAAAAGUGUACACAUAUAUAUAUACACAAACAUAGCAGACAAUAAAAGGAGAACACAUCUGGCAGAAGUAUACUAUUUCAAUUUCAUUCUAUCCAUAUUUUUUUUUAUUACUGACCAGGUUUCCUUAUAACGAAAGAGAAAAAUCAGUUUGGCUUAUUGACUAAACUGUGGAUUGAAAAUCAAAUAGUAUAUUUCAACCCAAAAUGGCCGAUAUAGAAAAAAAUAUCCUACUCAGGUGUAGCUCGGGUGAGCUGUAUUAUUCUGUACUUUUCUUUUUUCAUUUCACCACAAUUCACUGUAGUGAAUAAACUAUCUUGUAUCUAUAUAUCUAUCUAUCUCUCUCUCUGUCUAUCUAUCGCUCGAUCUAUCUCUCUCUGUCUAUCUAUAUAUCUAUCUAUCUAUCUCUCUGUCUAUCUAUAUAUCUAUCUAUCGCUCGAUCUAUCUCUCUCUGUCUAUCUAUCUAUCUAUCUAUCUAGCUAUCUAUCUAUAUAUAUAUCUCUGUCUAUCUAUCUAUCUAUAUAUCUAUCUAUCUAUCUAUCUAUCUUUCUGUCUAUCUUUCUAUCUAUCCAUACAUCCACCUAUCACACUGCUGUAUUGUUUAUAUUGCAAUUUUUUUAAAUAAAAUGAAUUGUAUUUUUAAUUGCAAGCUCCCGUGCGUAGGCAACGUGUGCAUUUAUUGAUGUAAUUGAUGUUGGUGUCUGUUGUUCAUUGUGUACAUUUUGCAAUUGUGUUUUCUUUCACCAACUGAUAAGUGCACGAUGCAUCUCCUUUCUCGUGUAAUAACUAACUUUGAGCCGCAGAAAAGAAGCUUGAUGUAUCUCACAGCAUUCUUCUAACACUGUAUUCUCCUUACAAUCUGCAAUUGUAUUGUGUUUUACACAAUGCUUGUAUGAAAUAAACUGGUUUAAAAAACUA